CGCCGCGCGUCACGCAAUCUCUGCGUACGCUUCGGCGCGCCACGCGCCUACUACUCACCGCGCGUCGUUGCAACUCAGGGCUCACAAAGCUUUGUGAGGGGUGCAAGAUUAUUGGUGACCUACAGCGGCGGUCACGGUACGCGGCGCACCGCUCGAGGCCUGCCUGGGUCGUCGAGGCCUUCGAGGUCGCCUUCGUGGCAACCGCUGCGACGAAACUGCUACGCGACGGCUUUCGAGCGACGUGGUCGCGGUUUCUACGCGAGCAUGGAUGAGCGUCCAACUAAAAAGGGCGCUAAAGACAAGACGUGGAACACGCCGAAGAAGAAACCAGUAGCAGGCGGGACGGCUGACGCGGAAGAAGCCAACGCGCCGCCGCCGCCGACGCGCGAGGCGGGGGACGCGGCGGCCCUAAACACGACGGACUCAUCAGCUGACGUUUUGGUAUCGGAUGCGACGGGUGCAGCCGCGGCCGGGGCGGGUAAGCCUCGAACGACCCAGGCCGGGAACGUGUUUAGAAGUGAAGUGAAGGCCGGGACGAGGUACGGGUACGCUUUUAAGAUGGGCGGUGAAAGAUAUGCUUCCGGGGCCGACUACGAGACGGCGGAGGCGGCAGCAGCGGCGAUGGCCGACCGCAAGGCAGAACUGGAGCGGGAGGCGGCGGAGCGACGCGCGGCAGAAGCGGCCGCCGCCCGCGUCGCGGAGUCUGGUAGUAGAAGGCGGCGCCUGACGGCGCUCGCAAACACGGCGGCGCCGCCGCCGGUAAGAAUGGAGGUCGACGACGCGUUUCCGAACACGGGCUCGUGGAGCGCCGCGCCGCAGGAGGAGGCCUACGCGAGCAUCAUUAUCGAUCUCUUCAUCGCGGGCAAGCUGCCUAACGUACAAGACACGGCGACCCUCACCGCGACGCUCGCCACGCUCUUGCUCUGCAAGCCCAAGCGCGUCGAACAAAGAUUGUGGAAAGCGGAGAUCAAGGGCGGGCAGCGGUUUGAAACUUCCGGCGAUCCGUCGCCCGAAGCCGCUGCGGCGCUGCGGGAGGCGAGGAAGGCGUUCCUGCGCGCCAAGGGUCUACCCGCCGACCCCUCGGAACCGGCGACGGCGGAGGUCUCGGCGAGCGCGCCGACGGACGCCGCGGCGACGCCCUACCGCGUCGUGACGCAUCUUCACGCGGGGAAUCGCUCUCGAGCUACUGCGGCGCCGGCGCCGGCCAGCAGCGCCAACGCGCCGCCGCCGCCGACGCGCGCGGCGGGUGACGCGGCGGCCCUAAACACGACGGACUCAUCAGCUGGCGUUUUGGUAUCGGAUGCGACGGAUGCGGCCGCGGCCGCGGCGGAGAAACCGCUUCCCCGGAACGUGUAUAGAAGAGAAGUGAUGGCCGGGACGAGAUACGGGUACCAAUUUGAGAUGGGCGGUGAACGAUAUAGAUCCGGCGCCGACUACGAGACGGCGGAAGCGGCGGCGGCGGCGAUGGUCGACCGCAAGGCAGAACUGGAGCGGGAGGCGGCGGAGCGACGCGCGGCAGAAGCGGCCGCCGCCCUCGUCGCGGAUGAUGGUAGUAGAAGGCGGCGCCGGACGGCGCUCGCAGCCGCGGCGGCGGCGCCGCCGGUGGACAUGGAGGUCGACGACGCGUUCCCGAACACGGGCUCGUGGAGCGACGCACCGCAGGAGGAGGUCUACGCGAGCAUCAUUAUCGAUCUCUUCAUCGCGGGCAAGAUGCGCAACGUACAAGACGGGGCGACCCUCACCACGACGCUCGCCACGCUCUUGCUCUGCAAGCCCUCGCGCGUCUCACAAAGAUUGUGGCAGGCGGAGAUCAAGGGCGGACAGCGGUUCAAAACUUCCGGCGAUCCGUCGCCCGAAGCCGCUGCGGCGCUGCGGGAGGCGAGGGAGGCGUUCCUGCGCGCCAAGGGUCUACCCGCCGACCCCUCGGAACCGGCGACGGCGGAGGUCUCGGCGAGCGCGCCGACGGACGCCGCGGCGACGCCCUACCGCGUCGUGACGCAUCUCCACGCGGGGAACCGCUCUCGAGCUGCUACUGCGGCGGCGGCGGCGGCCAGCGACGGCCGCUACUUCUUCGAUGGGCAGAUGGCGGACUGUUGCAUUGGCGGCGACGCGGCGCGGCCGUGCGAGCGUUUGACUGGGUCCUGGCGCCUCGCGCGGGGCGCCGAGUCCGUUUUUGCAGAGACGAACGUCACCUUUGAGGGUCCGCGGUGGGGCCUCGACGACGCGCCGACGGACGGGACUUGGAGUGGCGAUACGGCUUACGACUGGGGGAGGAACGGUUGGAAGGAACGUAGACCUGACCGCAUGGCGCUUUCCUUCACCGCGACGGACGACGGCCAAGCUUUUAGUGUCCAAGGCCACGGCGAGCUCGACACGUUCGGCACGUACGAGCUGACCGGGACGGCGUCGCGCGAGGGCGCGGUUUGGAAAUUAGAAUUGGUGCGGACCUACACGGCCGACGUGCCGGCGCUGCCGCCGCGGCGGCACAAAGGGUACGGCACAGAGGAACGGCGUGCGGCUGCAGAAGAGGCGAGCAGAAUCCAAAGGCUAUUCGUCUCCGGCUGCCGCGUGCCGUCCGAUAUCAAGCGGUGCAUCGCCAGGACUCCGGAAAAGGUCCUAGAAACGGCGAAAUCGCAUGUAAAGCCCUCUCUGAUACCCGAGGAGCUCGUCAGGGCCGGCGCACACCUGUUCAAAUGUCAGACGCUCAACCGUUGUGGGAGCGGCACGUUCCAUGUCGGUUCUACCGAAUCCGAGGCCGACGCCAUAGACAACUGCGCCCUCCAAAUAGCGGCCAACGCGGCUUCGUGUCUCCUAUGGAGGGAGGGCUCGUGGGAGUUCGAUUCGCUACCAGCGGAGGUCCAGGACGCGGCGAAGCUGGCCUACGACGGACACCCGGCGGUCCACGAGGAGGACGACGUCGUGAUGGGGCGGCUCUCGCCAUUUUUGCUCCCGCCCCGCCGCGGCGUCGUGUCCGUUAUGCGCGCGGGCGUCGCCGUGCACUACGCCCUGGUCGCGCCCGGGCAGUACGAGGAGUACCCGACGGCAGCCCUCGCCGCCAGGGCCGCGCACGAGCGGAACCCGAACAUCCGCGAGGAGAACGAACGGGUCGAUCGCGUGGCGAAGAGACUGGCGGCGCUGGCCGAGAAGCUCGACCGGCGGAACGAGCUGCCUCCGACGCUUCUGGCCGGCGUCUCGACGAGCGUGCCGGGCCCGGCGUCGCGCCAGCUGGUCGAAGCCGACAAAAGGGGCGGCCGAGGGCUGUACUCGGAUGCGCUGGCCUACCUGGAUCGGGCGAACGAUUGGGCGUCGGAGGAUGUCAGGGGGGCGGGCCUGCCGCGGUUCUACAUGCCCGCGCCCGGCGCGGACACAAAAUUUGAUCGGUGCUUUGUCGGCGACCGGGCCGGCUCGACGCCAUCGAUCCGCGCUGUGGCCGACGAGGUCUGGUCAAAAUGCCUAGCUACGCGGGCCGGUCGUGAGCGCGUCGAGGACUUCAAUGAGCGCGCUUUCAAAGCCAACCUUCACAUUUUGGUGCUUGUGGAGUGCGGUUUCGACCGAAGCGACCUCGAGAAGCCUAAGGUCCGGGCGGCCCUCCAGAGGCGCUUGGCCUUCGGGACCGUCCACAGCGACUAUGUCGCGUCGCGGCGCUCGCUCGUCUUGACGACGAAGUCGGUCCACGAGCAGUGCGGAAAUCAGCGCGACGCCACGCCAUCGAGCAGAAACGGCAACAGAGACGACGUCGCGUCGAUGGCGUGGAGGGAUGACGCGGUUGAUCGUGUGUCAUGGCGCUCCUCUCAUUUCUGAGAUCCGCACAGGUGCUGGUCUACGGGGCGGACGAGUCGCACGUGUGGUCGGCGUAUGCCCGUUUUUUUUUCGGCAUCGCGAACAUGUGGGAGCGGGCCGCGUUUACGGAGAAGGCGUGGCGCGACGCGAGGCAGUUGGUUCGCACGGACACCGUGCCGACGUUCGCGAGUUGGGUUCGAGAGUCGGCGGGCGCCGUCGACGCCGACGCCGCCAUGGGCCAGGGCGAGGCGGAGGCCACUGGCCCGGAUCUCGCCGUCGACAUGGGGUUGGACGCCCUCAUGGAGGGCUUGGACCUCGACGCCGCCGAGCGGGCCUUCCACCGCUUCAAGGCGCGACGCGCGAACAACAACGGCUGAGUCGCGGCUAGAAGUCGCGGCGAUGGCGCGCUUUAACCUUAACAGUAUGUUUCUAUCAGAAAAACGCCGACGACCGGGGAGGCGCGCCUCUGUCGCGACGCGAACCACUGUCGCGACGCGAACCACCCCGCACGACCCUAAUCCUACUAGACAACUGGGACUGCACCUCUAGCCCAUUCUCUAGGUUCCAUCCAGGUAAAAAGCCCCUUAACUCGGCACGCGGGCAUCCUCGCGGAAAACACUUAGUCUACGUCGUGGGC